UUAACGGCGGAAACUGCUUCAUAUAAUCACCCUUUGUUUAGCUGCAGAAUUUGCCAGAAUCCCAUCGCUCUUCGAGAUGAUCUUCUCUCUAAACGCUUUCUGGCGAAAUCAGGUGGAGCGUACCUUUUUGGGCAUGCUAUGAAUGUAGUGGUGGGGAAAAAGGAAGAUCGAAAACUGAUGACAGGUACCUUCAGUGUUGCUGAUAUAUUCUGCAGCAAGUGUGGGCAGGAACUGGGUUGGAAGUAUGUUAAAGCUUAUGAUCCCGCACACAAGUACAAAGAAGGCGGAUUCAUAAUCGAGAUUGCCAAAAUUCUCAAAGAAUAUUAGUAAUAAGAUUUCAUCACUUAUUUAUGUAAACAAGUGCUGCUUGAUCGAGUGUAAAUUAAUAAGAUUUCUGGUCAUGCAAAAACACUACUUUUAGUCCUUUGUAUGUUAUCUAUCAUGCUGUUGAUAUGUAAGAAACAGGGUAAGCUUCUUUGGCAAUUAUGAUGAUUUUCACUUGUUAAUGGA